AUCCAACACCAACGACGCCAAACGUGUAUUAAUUAAUGUCGUCGCAACCUAAUUAAUGUAUGUUAAGGCACUUUAGGAUUGGCUCUACUGAUUCGCCGGAACAAUAUGAGACUUAAGAGAGUCUCUUUGAAGUAGAACGGCCCUCACCCCAAAAGCGUUGUGAUCGUGAGCAAGGUCCCCGGCUUGUCACCAUCCCUUAACUGACUUUGCGCAGGUGUUGAUAGAUGAGGCUGGGUAGGCUACCGGCCGCCACUUCGUUGGCAACUUGCCAUCGUGGCUAUGCGUCUCGAGCUGGACUUGGCCAUGUACUACGCUCCAGGCUAUCCGUACGGCCAAUAAUCAAAGUGCGGCAAAGCUGCGAGCAGCUCACAGCCUUCCAUGAGGCCAAAAGUCACUUAUCGCCUGCAAUACAACAAGAGACAACUCAGCCCACGGCUGAGAUCCCACCAUACAGCCCUCAGACGACGGGGAUAUUGUCAAUCAUCCCAAAGUCGUGGGUGCCGUACGCUGAGUUGGUUCGGAUAGACAAGCCAACGGGUACUUACUACCUCUUCUUUCCAUGCCUCUUCUCAACAUUCUUGGCAGCGCCAAUGGCAGUACCCAUGGCGACGCCGACCACGACUUUGGGCUACUCGGCUUUGUUCUUCACUGGAGCACUCAUCAUGCGAGGUGCUGGCUGCUCGAUCAACGACCUUUGGGACCGAAACCUAGAUCCCCAUGUUACACGGACAAGGCAUCGUCCAAUUGCGCGCGGCGCCAUCACUCCAUUCAAGGGCUUGGUGUUUACUGGGUUCCAACUACUGGCUGGGUUGGGUGUCUUGGUCUCAUUCCCGUUCCAAUGCCUUUUCUAUGGAAUCCCCAGCUUGCUGUUCGUGGCUAGCUACCCUCUGGCGAAGCGCGUCACAUACUACCCUCAGUUUGUGCUUGGACUGACGUUCUCAUGGGGCGCUAUCAUGGGCUACCCAGCCCUUGGUAUUGAUCUGCUGUCCAACAUGCCGGCGCUCACCUCAGCAGCAUGCCUGUAUGCCUCGUGCGUGUCAUGGACGGUAUUAUAUGACAUGAUCUAUGCCCAUAUGGACAUCAAGGAUGACGCCAAGGUGGGCAUCAAGAGCAUUGCUCUGAAGCACGACGCGGAUACCAAGAAGGUUCUCACUGGGCUUGCUACCGUCCAAGUCGGACUCCUGGCGGCAGCUGGGUUCGCCUCAGGGGCAGGGCCCCUUUUCUACGUCGGGAGCUGUGGUGGCGCUAUUGCCACGCUCGGCAUCAUGAUCAAAAGGGUCAACCUGAAGAGCGUCAAGGAUUGCUGGUGGUGGUUUGUCAACGGAUGCUGGAUUACUGGUGGCACCAUCGGCCUCGGCAUGGGUGCCGAUUACGUGCAUCGUUAUUCGACACGGGACCAAGAGAUCGAGGGGGCUAAUGCUGCCUGAUGCAGCGUGUAAAAAGCCUUUGUACAUCAUCUGUAGCAACGAUAUUCAACCAAUGAC